UCCCGCCCCAAGUCCAAGUCGACUUUGAGCCUAAUUCUUAUCACCUACCACCGCCACUACCACCACUACCACUACUACAAGACUAGCAAUGGCUCGCACCAAGCAGACAGCGCGCAAGUCAACGGGCGGGAAGGCCCCGCGCAAGCAGCUCGCGGCCAAGUCCGCGCGCAAGACCGCCACCGCCGCGACUGGUGGUGUGAAGAAGCCGCACCGCUUCCGCCCGGGGACCGUCGCGCUCCGCGAGAUCCGGCGCUACCAAAAAUCGACGGAGCUGCUCAUCCGCAAGCUGCCCUUCCAGCGGCUCGUGCGCGAGAUCGCGCAGGAUUUCAAGACGGACCUGCGCUUCCAGUCCUCGGCGGUGAUGGCCCUGCAGGAAGCGGCGGAGGCGUACCUCGUCUCGCUCUUCGAGGACACAAACCUCGCGGCGAUCCACGCGAAGCGCGUGACGAUCCAGCCGAAGGACCUCGCGCUCGCGCGGCGGUUGCGCGGGGAGCGGUCGUAGUUCUCAGUUGACCAGCUCGCACAGGUUGAGGGGAUUGUAUUGUUACGAUUAUUUGUAUUCUUUGUUUGUUAUUUAUUGUGAAUGUAAUGUGGAUCGGGGUUGAAACGCCUUUAGAUGAGUGAGUGAGUGGGUUGUUGAGAGGAUGGUAGGAUGAUGAGAUGGCUUGGUUAUGACAAAGUUGCGCGCC